CUCCUACUGCACCCACUUUAUUUAAGAGCAGGGUCUUGUGUGGUAGUGACAUUCUCUUCGUGUCACGUUCCACUAUUUCUUAUAAAACUUAAAAAGUGAUUAAAAAAAUCGACAUAAAAUUUAAAAAACUACAAAAAAAUUAGUUGUAUCUUCUAUAUUUGUUUUUUGAGUGUGGAAGCAGUGAAGCAGCAACAUGAACGCCACCCAGACAGGAAACAAUAGCUACCCACUAGCCUCUCUCUAUGUUGGGGACCUCCAUGAGGACUGCACGGAGGCCAUGCUGUUCGAGAAGUUCUCGACUGCAGGCCCUGUUCUCUCCAUCCGCGUUUGCCGCGAUAUGAUCACCCGUCGGUCACUUGGGUACGCUUACGUCAAUUUCCAGCAGCCCUUCGAUGCUGAGAGAGCGCUUGACACCAUGAACUUUGACGUUAUGAAGGGCAAGCCAAUCCGCAUCAUGUGGUCGCAGCGUGAUCCGUCCCUCCGUAAGUCUGGCGUGGGCAACGUCUUCAUUAAGAACCUGGACAAGUCUAUUGACAACAAGGCCAUGUACGACACCUUCUCUGCUUUUGGCAACAUUCUCAGUUGCAAAGUGGCCAAUGAUGAGAGUGGGAAUUCCAAAGGAUAUGGUUUUGUCCAUUUCGAGACGGAGGAGGCUGCCAGGAGCGCCAUUUCCAAAGUCAACGGGAUGUUGCUGAACAGCAAGAAAGUGUACGUGGGAAAGUUCAUUCCGCGUGCUGAACGGGAAAAGGAACUUGGUGAGAAAGCCAAAAUGUUCACCAAUGUGUACGUCAAGAACUUUGGUGAUGAAUUUGAUGAUGACAAACUUUAUGAAACUUUUGCUCGCUUUGGCAAGAUCACCAGCCACAAGGUCAUCGUGGGAGAUGACAACAAGUCCAAGGGCUUUGGUUUCGUGGCUUUCGAAGACCCUGAAGUUGCUGAGGUUGCUGUUCGUGAGAUGAACAACUUUGAAAUCAACAACAAAGUCUUGUACGUCGGUCGCGCUCAGAAGAAAGGCGAACGACAAGCCGAGCUCAAGAAGAAGUUCGACCAGAUGAAGAUGGAUAGAAUCAAUCGCACGCACGGCGUUAACUUGUACAUCAAGAAUCUUGAUGAUUGCAUCGAUGACGAUCGCCUGCGCAAGGAAUUUGCUCCCUACGGUACCAUCACUAGCGCUAAGGUCAUGAUGGAAGACGGUCGCUCCAAGGGCUUCGGAUUUGUCUGCUUUAGCCUCCCUGAUGAGGCUACUCGCGCCGUAACGGAAAUGAACGGCCGCAUUUUGGUGGCCAAACCUCUGUACGUUGCCCUUGCUCAGCGCCGUGAAGAUCGCAAGGCUCAGCUCGCUUCUCAGUACAUGCAACGCGUUGCUGGAAUGCGCCUGCAGCACGUGAAUCAAGUUUAUCCCGCUGCUCCCUCCAACUAUUUCAUGCAAACUGCUCUCCAGCCCGCUGGCUAUCGCUUCAACAACCUCAUGCCUAAUAUUCGCCCUGCUGCUCCUCGCUGGCAGCAACCAGCUACUCAGGUGCGUCCUGGACAAGCGCAAUUCUCGGUACCCACUGCAGCGGGCUAUCGCGCAGCUACUGCUGGACCUCGGCCUGCUCAGCACGCUACUCGCGGAGUCUCGCCUGGUGUGCCCCGUAGCGCCAUCCCUCAGCAGCAAGUGGCCAUGGGACUCGUGCAGGCUGCUGGAGCUCCUCGCGUGGUGGCUCCUAAUGCUGGUGCUGUCCCUCAGAUGACAGCUAACUUGCAGCGUCCUGGUGUCCAUCCCGCAGCCGCUGCAGCUGCUGCUGCCGCUUCUGUGGUCAACGCGAACACCUACAAGUACACCCCUAACAUGCGUAACCCACCCACUGUCAACCAGCAGGGCAUGAACAUGUCCAAUGCUGGUAAUGCUGCCACAGGUGGCCAGCCUGCCGUGCAUGUGCAAGGGCAAGAACCUCUCACGCUUAACAUGCUUGCCACUGCUGUACCUCAGGAACAAAAGCAGAUGCUCGGUGAGCGUCUGUAUCCUCUUGUGCAAGAUUUCCAUCCUGGCCUCUGUGGAAAGAUCACUGGCAUGCUUCUCGAGAUGGACAAUAGUGACCUGCUGCACAUGCUUGAAGAUCGCGCUUCUCUCAAGAACAAGAUGGACGAGGCUCUGGCUGUGCUUCAGGCCCAUCAAGCCAAACAGCAAGUCGCUGCGAGCAUCAAGAAAGAAGAGCAACCUCAGAUGUAAGGGCGUAACUAAGUUCUGUUUUAUCUGGGCUGCUUUUAGUGCAUUUUCUUUGAUAUGGAUUUUAAAGUAUUUUUUAGCUGUUCAAGGAAUUUCUUUUAAUGCACUCCAAUCUAUAAAAAUGAAAAUCCUAAAAAAAUCGUAAAACCUCUUGAAAAAAUCCAAAUAUGUUAGGAAGUCGACGUAACUUAGUGCUCUAAUGAAUAGAAAUGUAGUAGUGUACGAUGUUUAACUUGCAUUGCAUUGCUGUUAUUCAUGUACUUUCAUUAAAAACUGGAAAAUCAUUUCAUAAAAACGGAAAACAAGUAAGAUAUGCCGGACUAACUAAAUUCAAAAUAUUACUACCUUCCUUUUUGGUUUCAUACAUCGGUAAUUAAAA